UCUAAGUUACCAGAUUCAAGAGGGUUUUUUUUCAGAUUCUGCUUCUUCUUUGUAUUAUAACAGUUAUUUCCAGACGAUGCUUUGUCUGAAUAAUGUGUUUAUCAGUUGAUUGAGCUAAACGUCAUUUGGCUGAGCUUCAGGAAAUUGAGAUGAUGGAAAAUUCUGAAGAAAGCAAGCUCUUACCAGAUGGAAAUGUGGCAUCAUGUGACCAGUCUAUGGCAUCAGCAGAGAUACACUGGAGUAGCCAUUCUGAAUACAUACCACAAAGUCAAAGUAGUAUUAUAAUAGAGGAAGACAAAAAUCAACAAAAAGUAGGAAAUUGUCCAAGUUUGAUGCAUUUGUUGAAAGGCAACAUAGGAACAGGAAUAUUAGCCAUGCCAUCUGCAAUAAAAAAUGCUGGAUUAUGGGUUGGAACUAUUGGUAUAUUGGCCAUUGGAGGAAUUGCUAUAUACUGUAUGCAUAUGCUCCUUAACUGUUGUAACAUUCUAUGCAAAAGAGUUAAUAAACCUACCUUAGAUUAUGCCAGUAUACUUGAAACAGCUUUACAAACUGGACCUGAAAGACUUAGACGAUGGUCAAGUGUAGGAAGAAUGGUGGUCAAUAUAUUUUUAGUGAUGACACAGAUAGGAUUUUGUUGUGUGUACCUAGUAUUUAUAGCACAGAAUGUUAAACAGGUGAUAGAUUCUUUCCAUAAAGGAGGCCCACCUGUGUUUGUCUAUAUAGUUAUAACCACAGCACUGAUUAUACCAUACACAUUUGUAAGAGAUCUGAAGAACCUGGCACCAUUUUCUACAUUUGCCAAUUUACUGAACUUUGUUGGUCUGAUCAUCAUAUUUCAAGACUUAUUUCAAGGCCUACCUAAUCCAGACAAGAGACCUGCAUACAAACCUUUAGACAAGCUACCAUUAUAUUUUGGUACAGCUAUUUAUGCAUUUGAAGGAAUUGGCUUGGUUAUGCCAAUACAAAAUAAAAUGAGAUAUCCACAUGACUUUGGUGGUCAUUCAGGUGUAUUAAACCUUGGAAUGGUUAUAGUCACAUGUCUGUAUACAGCUACUGGUUUCUAUGGUUACCUAAAGUUUGGUGAUGAUUCAUUAGGAAGUGUCACCCUCAAUCUACCUGCAAACAAUUGGUUAUAUAUAUCAGUAAACCUGUUAUUUGCUCUGUCCAUGUUUAUAACAUAUGGAUUACAGUUUUAUGUGCCUAUAAAAAUCACAUGGCCAUGGAUUUCUAGCAAAAUUACAUCCAGGAGAUGGCUGAAUUGUUCAGAAUAUAUAUACAGAACUAUUUUAGUUUUAGUUACAUUUGGAAUAGCAUCAGCAGUGCCACAUUUAGAACUUCUGAUAUCUCUGAUUGGUGCUUUUGCCAGUUGUGCUCUUGCACUAAUGUUACCACCUAUAAUUGAACUUUUGACUUUGUCUGUUGAAGAUGGUCAACUACGGUGGUGGACGGUUAUAAAAGACAUUACAAUUAUAGUUUUUGGUUUAUUAGGAUUUGCUACUGGAACUUUUUCAGCUUUACAAGCUAUAAUUGAAAAAUUUUAAAUAAAAUAUGAGGAGUAUGAGUAGUGAAAAACAUGAAAGGCAAUACUUCGUUCAAAACAUUCCUGAUAAUAGAUCUUUGUGUGACUCAGGUGCACUAUGAAAUUUCCUGCAUAAUGUUAUUCAUUAAUACAUUUUGUAUUUUUUGUAUAUUGUCAUAAACUUUAUUGUUUAUGAUGUGCAUUUAAUUAUUUUUGUAAAUGUUUUUUUUCAUCAAUGUCCAAUUCACCUCGUUUGUAGAAAUAUCAUUUGCUCAAUGCUUUUUUUUAUUUCCUGAUUUCAUUUUUGUGUGUAAUGAAAACUUGAAUUUUGUUGGGUAAUCAUCUUUUAGAUUUAUGUUAAAUAUCCAUCCUCUAAUAUAAAGUAUACAGUACUGUAUUUUAAGAAACUUGCAGCCAGCAAUUUUUUCAUAUGGAGGCCUAUGUUGUAUUGCUCCUGUACACCACAGCUCACAAAUCUUCACAACUUAAUGAAAUGAUAUAAAAUAUGAUUUUAAAAAUGAGGAGAUAUAAAGAUUGUCAUGGUUAAAUUCAUUUUUGUAAUGUCAAAAAACAACCUAUAGAAAAAAUUUAGCAUGUGUGAUUAAAGAGUAGUUUCAAAAUAUGUUAUAACACAAUCAGAAAAAAUAUAGAAUAAAGAAAUGAAAUUAGUUUGAAAUUGAAGAAUGAAACGACUGCAUGAAAUGCUUUGAUUUCAUUUAAAAUAUAUGUUACAAAUUUUUAUUUUGAAAUUUAAUAGUAACUGUUAAUUAAUUGCUCAUCAUUCUGGACUCCUUCUUCAUUAGAACAUUGAUUAUUGCUCAAGUUUGUUGACCUUACACAUAUAAUACAAUCUUAGAUAUUUCAUUUAUUAUUGGAUAUUUUUCACAAACACCUACAAAUUCAGUGAAACACAACUUUUACGCAAAAAGUUUAUACUUUAUAGGCCAAAAAUAAAAUGCAUAAGAAAGAUUGAACAUUUGAAUACUAAUAUCAAACAAAUUUGUUAUGUGAUCAUUUGAGGAAUUUCAAGUUUGGUCAGUUUUUUCUUCAAUGUCAAAAUAUAUAAAGGAAUUAUUUUUUCUGUAAUUUCAAUAUUUCUAAAAUAAGUAAUUUAUAUUUCAAGUGUGUUGUUUUGUCUUCAAGUGAUAUUUUAUUGUUCUGGGUUUGUCUAUUACAGAUGAUGAAAUCUUUUAAUUUUGUCAACUAGAAAAUAGAUCUGUUGUAUUAUAUGAUAUAUUUUUAAUAUACCAAAUGUGAUUGGUUUUUGUUAAAUUUUUUUAGGAGGGGGUCAGGGAAGAAGAUUUUCUGUCAUUAAACACAUAAUUUGAAGUGAGGUACACAUUGAUAUAUCAUAAACUACAUAAAUCCAAUUGAAAAAAAAAUGUAAUUUGAAAUUAAUUUUUGUCUGGUGUAGGAUAAUUUAAAAGUUUGAAAUGAAGUCGUUAUGAUAGCUUUUUAAAGUGUUGUUUAUUUUGGAUUUGGUUUUCUUAAUGUCAUAGUUAAAAACCCAUAUUUUUUAAACAUAUAUUUUCUGAAUCUCUCAUGCAUAUGUAAACCAUUUAACGAAAUCUUAAAUUUGUUAUAGUCAUAUUUCAAAUCAUUUUAUUAUAUAUGUAUUCAUUGCUUGUUGUACAAUAAUAAAACACUUAUUAAUUAAUUAUUUCACAGGUAGAUUUGAAAUAACUGGAAAUCAGUGAAUAGAAAUAAUUCAUACCAGAUACAGUUCAGCCCCCUAAAAAUAGUAAAAAUAAGUACUAAAGGUAACUGACAGUCAAUUAUUUUUCAAAAUAAGGUAAUCCUAACUUCAAAUCCUGGAUCCAUACCUAAAAAAAAUGAAUGGAAACAUUUCCAAACUUAUGGGUUUCCUGUUGCUUAUUCUUUAGUUUUCUAUGUUGUGUCAUGUGUACUAUUGUUUGUCUGUUUGUCUUUUUCAUUUUUAGCCAUGGCACUCUCAGUUUAUUUUCGAUUUAUGAGUUUGACUGUCCCUUUGGUAUCUUUUUCCCCUCUUCCAUAGAUUAAAAUAGAAUUGAUUACGUAUUUUGUGUUUGUAAAGAAUAUGAUAAUUAAAGUGUGCAAUAGUAUUUGUGUUAUGUAUUAUUGUAUAAAAUAUACUGUAUGUAUACAAUUUUUGUGAUAUAUCUGUAUAAUUCAUCUGACAAUUUAAAGUGUCAUCAUAGGAACAUUUGUGUUUCUUCAUUUUACAAUGACUAAAAGCAACAUAAUGUCCAGUUCAAAUCUCCGCUAGCAGAGGAAUCUCAAUUGAAUAUAACAUAUAUUUUGUGUAGUUUAAGACCUUAUGUUGUCCAAAUUAAAAGAAUGUAUUGUAAAAUGCUUAUGAUAAUUUGAUUAUUUUUCUGCUUUUGAAGUAAGUCAUUGAAUUUAGUAAUACAUUGUAUUGACUGUAACUAGAAAUAUACUAUUCGGUUAGAUAAGAUCGACAUUAGAUGUCUGCACUGUUUUGUAAAUGUAAACAGUUAGGGAUUAAAUAAAAAUGAUAUUUUAUGUAUACAUGCGUGUUUGAAGAUUGUCUGUGAUAGUGUUAUAAUAUAUAAUAAUUGUUAUAAUUGGUGCUUAAUAUAAUAUUUCCUGUAUCAAUUUUAUUGGUAAUAAUGUAGCAUUUGUAUCAAAAUAAUUUUAGAUUUUUUUCUCAAACUUAAGAAAUGAGGCAGUUGUACUUGUUAAAAAGAUAAGGGAUGUAAAUAAAAAAUGAUAGAGUUUUCACAUAGAAUUUUAUUCUAACUUUAGUAUACUUCUUCAAACUGCUGCUUAUAGCAUUAUUUUCUCAAAUAUAAGAAGUAUGAAUCUCAAAUCUAUUUUACAAGCUUUGUUUUAAAUAGAAAAAAUCUGAAUAAUUGAAAUUUAAAAUCAAAUAUGAGAAGAUUGUUCAUAUAAUGUGCUUUCAGAAGAAUAAAAAUGAAUUUUAAAACUAUCAUAUUAAAAAGAAAGUUACAAUUGAUAUGCAUAUCUGUCUCAAAAUUUGUCUAUUUGAAUAUAGAUCUCUACCAAAUGUGUUCUGCUAUUUUACAAUCCAUGAUGGCAAAAGACACUUGCUCAACCUGCAUGUUUGAAGAUCUAAUCUUUUUGUUUAUGCUAUUUUACAAUCCAAGAUGAAGGAAGACACCUGAUCAACCUUAAUAUGGUUAAAUUUUAUAAAGAUUAGUCAUUUUAGCUUCUUGCCUUGUGCUGUUUUCUGCUCUUGGGUUUGCUUGUUGUCUCUUGACACAUUCCUCAUUUCCAUUUUCAAUUUAUCUUAUCAAAGACUUCAAUUUUCAUAUAUUUCUGAUUGUAAUGUCAAAUUGUUACCCUGUUGAUGUGUAGGUUUUCUUUCCCUGGUUUGGUUUUAUCUAUAAUUGUAGGAGGCAUUAUGUUUUUAAGUCUGUCUUUCUCUGUCCGUCCAUUAGACGUCUAUUUGUCCAUUCCAUGUUAGGAUGAAGAUUUGGUUGAAAAGAGUUUACCACAAAGUUGUUGUCACAUAAACUUUAACCUUUAAUACAUAUUAUAUAUAUUAUAAUGAAAACAUGUUAUGCAAAAUAGGUAUUUUUUAUCCAGACUUUGUGGGUCACUGAACAAGGAAACAUAAUGAGAGUUGGGCAUGGUUACCUUUAAGACACAUUCUAGUUUUUAAUUCAUUGUGUGCAUUUUCUUAUAUUUCAAUGAAAUGGAAUUAAAUUAA